CUAGAAUAGAUGCCAGCCAACACCCCUGGUCAGCAACAGUUGAAUAGGUUUUUGACAGAUAUGUAGUUUUCUGAGACGCCGUCGUGACAAAAUUGACAGACUAAUUAUUCCCAAUCAUUUGUUAUUGAUAAAGUUGAUACCUGAGGGUCUGUUGUGUCUACGUGGUGAUAAAAAGGUGUUCAAUUUUAUGCGCUAGUCUAUUGAUUGGAAGUGCAGUUUUUGUUGGACAAGAAAAGCACGGUAUCUAGGUUGGCAUUUAUUCUUGCAGGGAAUUUACAUUGAAAAGAGAGGACCAGAGUCCGAGAAAGAUCUACCUGGAGUUAUGAGUUUUGCUUGCCUUGUUUGUCUGCGGAAAAGACUUUUCGUGUUACCAUUGAUAACAGCUAUAUGGAUUAUUGUCUCUUUUUUCAUCACGUACGCUAUUGCAGUUAGUUAUGGUCAUGUAGAACCUGAUUUUCCCUACAUAAGCCACACGGCGAGAGAUUCUCCCGAAAGAUGUGUAUUUGGACAGCUAAUUAACAUCGGUGCUGUUAUGCUGGGUAUGAACGUUGUUGUAAGAUACUGGUACUUGAAGGAAGUUUUUAGACAGAAAAAAUUUGCAGAUGAUGUUGUAUGGUGGCAGAAAUUUAAUAUAGCUGGUGCAAUCAUCGGAAUUGUAUCAGCACUUGGUAUUAGUAUGGUAGCCAACUUUCAGACAGAUGCGCAGAAAGCUCUACAUUACGUUGGAGCAGGACUGGCGUUUGGAUUGGGAACUGUUUAUUGUUUUGUACAGACUCGGUUGUCAUGGAAACUUAAAAGUAAUAACAUUGGCAACAGAUAUAUAGCCAUUGCACAACUAAUCAACAGUAUAGCUCUCACAGUGUUACUUGUCACUUUUGGUAUAUCUAAAAUUAUGUUCAAACUGAAGGAAAAAGAACAUGGAUUCUCCGAGGCAAGGGCGAUGUUUAGAGGCGUUUACUUGUUAUCCACUAUAUCAGAAUGGUUUCUGGCCUCCGCUAUUUUAACCUUUGCUUUAACAUAUACUUGGGACUUUCGAUAUGUAGAGAUGGAAUCUCCUAAAAUAUUACUUAAAUUACCAAACAGAACAGAUCCAAACCAGAAUGGUGGAACAGAAAUGGCGACCCAGCAAGUAUAAGUGCGACAGUAUAGUGAUCAUAUGAAAUCCUGAUGUAAUGAAUAUGCCAUGUUUAUAACGUGCCGCUGGAUCGGUUACGGGAUCUGGAAUAUCAGCUAGUACGACAAUGCGAACAGAUGGCUAGCUGAUACGCUUAUUGUGUUUGAUGUUAAAAAUUGUCAGUUUUAUAAUUCAGCAUCAGACUAACAUUUUUCUUAUUAUCAUUUUCACACAUUAGUGUAUGCACAUGGAUUAAUCAAAAUUUUUGGUUCUAUUUGUUUUAAAUAAGUGAUGUCAACCUAAUACUCAUAUUUGUCUGCUUAGUUAACACAUUGUGUCAUUUGUCUACUUAAAUAACACAUUGUGUCUUUUGUCUGCUUAGAUAACACAUUGUGUCAUUUGUCUGCUUAGAUAACACAUUGUGUCAUUUGUCGGCUCAGAUAACACAUUGUGUCAUUUGUCGGCUCAGAUCACACAUUGUGUCAUUUGUGAGAUAUCACAUUGUGUCUUUUGUCGGUUGAGAUAACACAUGGUGUUAUUUGUCCACUUGGUAUAGCAAGUAGUUUCCGGUCGAAAGACACGUUAAUAAAUUAGAGAAACGAUCUUCAUAGUGUUCUAGGUUUUAUAACAAACGUGUAAAUGUUGCUUCUUGGAUGUUGUUGGUUAGAGAAGAUUUUGCCAGUCUUGCAUUUGUUAUGUUUAGAUUAAAGAUAAUGAAAAUAAAAAAAAAAAUUCAA